AUGGCGAUAUCUCGUAGAGGCAACGCUUCGGACACGAUCGUCCAGCGCACCCAGAGCGCCUCCGCCGAAUAUGGAGUCUUUCGGCCGCCACAAGCUCGCCGAACCGCCACCCCGAUCGAGUACAAUCCAAAGACCGACAACUUUGACUACCUGAAGUUCCUCGACAUGCACUAUGUGGAUGUUGGCCCUGGAGUUAAAACGAUCACCUACCGCGAAAAGGAUCUCCUUCAUGUCAUCCGGGCUGCCACGUGGCGCUUCAAGGAGGAAAAGAUGCUGAUUGAUACAACGGCCCCGGCUAUCAUCGUCGGCGACAUCCAUGGGCAAUUCAACGAUCUGGUCAGCAUAUUCCUGGUGAUGGGACGGCCGCCUGCCAAAAAAUACGUCUUCCUCGGCGACUAUGUUGAUCGUGGAGCGAUGGCCGUCGAAUGCGCCGCGUUGCUGUUUGGCUACAAAGCAAAGUACCCGGAUCACAUUUUCCUGUUGAAGGGCAACCACGAGAAUGCGCGCACGAAUCGAAAAUAUGGAUUUCAGCAAGUCUGCCACAACCGGACGGAUCUCGACGGGAUCAAGCUGUGGGCUGCAAUGCAGCGAGCAUUCAACUAUCUGUCCGUGGCGGCCCUCGUUUCCGACAAGAUCCUCUGCGUACACGGCGGCAUCACCCCGCAUCUCACAUCGUUCGACGUUCUCCGCCAACACCCCAAGCCGGUCCGGAAUCCGUACCAGGGUCUCUGCUCGGAUAUGGUGUGGUCGGACCCCGACACCGCCUACGACUUUUGGCGCCCAAACUCGCGCGGAUGCGGAUUCUUCUUUGGGCGAAGGACGACCGAAGACUUUUGCGAGCGGUUUGGCAUCGACAUGAUCGUCCGUGGCCAUCAGGUGUGCUUGGAGGGCUACUCGACGCUGUGGGACAAGCGCGUCGUCACGAUCUUCUCGGCGCCCUGUUACACCAAUGAUUACAAGAAUGCUGGUUGCGUGUUGAAGGUGGCGGCCAAUCUGGAAUGCGAGCUCGUCGCGCUCGUCCCCGACUAUCCGGAAGCUUCGCCGGGUAUU